AGUCAUUCCCAUUGGAUAGUACGUUGGCAACCCUCGAAUCUGAGUAACCAUUGUGCAACUCGGUGAAAUCGCUCUACCUCAAAAGGCCAGCUUUUCAGAGAACCAUCUUCACUGGUUUUUUCUCUUGCCCUUCGGCAAUACGUCUUCACAAGAGCCAAGAACCAAGAUGGGGCGAGACAAAGAAGCUGAUUGCGAUGGGUCCUUGUUCCGGAUUCCGCCUUACUACUACAUCCACGUUUUGGAUCAAACUUCCAAUACUAGCCGUGUCGAGGUCGGGCCUCAGACGUUCAUUCGCAAGGAUAAUGAGAAGGUCCUUCAAAAUCCUGCCAGGAUGAUUGUUGUACCACCUCGGCACUACUGCACCAUUAAAAAUCCGGUGGCUCGAGCGGAAGACGGAUCCGUUGUGACUGAUCGAUUAGGUCAAGUGAAGCUUCUCCAUGCCGAAACGGAAGUCCGCCUUGAGCAAGAACCGUUCCCUCUCUAUCCAGGAGAAGAAGUGGAGACAAAGGUCCAACCUUUGACAGUGGUUCACGCAUUAACUGCUCUGAGAUUGAGGGUCUUGCGGGACUUCAAUGAUGAUGGCACACCACGGGUAGCUGGAGACGAGUACCUUUUUGAAGGACCUGGCACGUAUAUUCCUCGAAAAGAGGUUGAAGUUGUUUCGACUCAAAAGGCUGUCAUUAUCAAGCCUAACGAGGCUCUAAAGCUACGAUCCCUUCGAGAUACCAUUGAUCGCGACGAUCAGAAGAGAGUGGCGGGGGAGGAAUGGCUUGUUCGUCGUCAAGGAUCCUAUCUCCCGGGAGCCUUUGAGGAGAUCGUAGAGAGGUGCUCUGCCACUGUCUUGACCGACAAGAUGGCUGUCCAUGUCAUGGCUGUGAAAUCGUUCGUGGAUCAGAAAGGAAAGGCAAGGAAAAAUGGCGAAGAGUACUUGAUCACCUUAGAAGACAUGGAGUCUUUCAUUCCGGAUGUGUAUGAAAAAGUCAUCCAGACUGUAGAUAUAAUAACUUUAACGAAGAGAGAAUACUGCGUUGUUGUCAAUCCCAUUGGCAAUGAUGGUAAACCACAGCUAGGCCACAAGGUCCUUGUCAAGGGCGAGAAAAGUUUUUUCUUGCAACCUGGAGAGGAGCUCGAGAAUGGCAUUCAAGACGUUCACGUUUUGGGAGAAGACAGUGGUCUAGUUUUGAGGUCCUUGGAGAAGUUCUUGGACACCUCGGUCGAACCACCCGUCACUCGACAAGCCGGCGACAAGUGGAUGCUGAAGGGCCCAAUGGAAUACAUUCCACCCGUGGAGGUUGAAGUAGUGGUUACCAGAGAAGCUAUACCUCUGCAUCAGAAUGAGGGCAUUUACGUUCGAAACUCGAAAAAUGGAUCCGUUCGAUCUGUGAUUGGGCAAACCUACAUGUUAGGUGAAGACGAGGAGCUUUGGCCAAAGAAAAUGCCGGUCAUUGUGAGAACUUUGCUCAACAGAAACCGAGAUCCUUGCGCUGAUCGAGGGGAAUGGAUCAAUCCGGAGAAAGAAAAGCGGAAGAGCGACAAAGCCGAUGCCAAGCCAAAGAGCGAUUGGGAUGAAGACGAUCUCACUCAGGUGGUAACGUUUCAAGUUCCCAACAACGCGGCUGUUCAGAUCUAUGAUUACAAAUCAAAGCGAUCUCGAGUCGCUUUUGGGCCCGAUUUGGUGAUGCUUGAACCAAACGAGGAGUUUACACAACUCUCGAUCUCUGGAGGAAAACCAAAAAAGGCUAAUUUGAUUCGAGCUUUGGCUUUGCUCUUGGGUCCAGAUUUUUGCACUGACAUCAUCACAGUGGAGACUAGCGACCAUGCUCGUCUUCAAUUACAAUUAUCUUACAACUGGCAUUUUGAGGUCAAGGAUAAGAACAACCAAGACGAGGGGGCCAAGCUCUUCUGUGUUCCUGAUUUUGUUGGUGAUAUGUGCAAAGCAAUCGCAUCUCGAAUUCGAGGCGCUGUUUCCGGGGUUAGCUUCGACAAUUUCCACAAGAACUCAGCCGGAAUCAUCAAGCUUGCAGUAUUUGGCGUGGACGAGGGAAUGAAACCUAAUGAAGAGCUCAGGUUUCCGGCCAACAAUCUAGUCGUAACCUCGAUCGAUAUUCGUAGUGUAGAGCCGGUAGAUCAACGCACCAGAGACUCUCUACAAAAGUCUGUAACUUUGGCAAUUGAGAUUACGACUCAGUCUCAGGAGGCUGCCGCUAAACGAGAAGCUGAGAGAGUGGACCAAGAAGCUCGAGGACGAUUAGAACGGCAGAAAAUUGGCGAUGACGCCGAGGCAGAGAAAUCUCGAAGGAGUCUUCUGACCCUUCAAGCAGAGAGCGCUGCCGUUGAAUCGACAGGUCAGGCUAAAGCUGAGGCCUCAUCCCGAGCUGAAUCUGCCCGCAUCGAAGCGGAGGCCGCCGUUGAAGCAGCUCGACUCCGGGCUCAGGCAGCCAAGAUUGAAUCCGAAUCCGAAUUGGAGCGUCUUCGUGGAGCCAGGGAGGCUGAAAUCACGUUUUUGACGGAGCAAAACCGACUUGACAUUGAGAAAGCCGAACUGAUGGCCAAGAUUGAAACCGAGAAGUUUCAACUCAUGGUUCAAGCUUUGGGAACCGACACCAUUCAGGCCAUGGCAAGUGGCCCACAAGAUCAUCAGGUCAAGAUGCUUCAAUCGUUGGGAUUGAGCUCAACGCUUAUCACGGAUGGCAGAACCCCAAUCAAUUUAUUGAACACGGCUAGUGGUUUACUAGGAACCUCCGGCAUAAAUCUGAACCAACAACAUGAUAAUUCUGCUUAAAUACACGUUUAACCGCUGUUCAA